GUUUCCAUAUGAUUUUCUUUUUCUGUUUCCGUUUUCAGUUCUCAGUUUUGUUUGUACAGCAGCAGCGGCGUCGGCAGCGCAGCGAGCAACAGCGGAGAUUAUAUUUUUCAAAAUUUAUUUAUGUUUUUAGUGUUGAGUUUAAACGUGUCCGAUAUAAUUUAUUUAAUAUAAUAAGCAAAGUAGUAAAAAUAAAACAAAUAUUACAUACAUAUUUACGUUGUAGAAGAAUUCUUCAGACUGAUCGAACGCUAUGAGCAAAUCGCAUCGGGAUCACAAGAUCGUAAUAAUCGGCGCUGGAGCAUCGGGAAUUGCCUGUGCGACAAAACUGCUCGAAUAUGGAUUCCAGAACGUGCUCGUCAUUGAGGCGGAGGAUCGUCUCGGAGGUCGGAUACAUACGAUACCAUUCGGGGAUAAUGUAAUCGAUCUCGGGGCACAAUGGUGUCACGGGGAACAGGACAACAUAGUGCAUGAGUUGGCGAGCAAACACGAUCUGCUAGAAUCAACGGGACCGGUUUAUGAGAACUAUCAGUGUGUGCGGAGUAAUCGGGAGGUAUUACCCGAUAACGUGGCAAAUAGACUGAAGGCAAUUGUUGGAGACUCGCUGGUGACGCGACAAUUGGAAUUGAGACAUUGCAGUGGCUCUCUGGGUAGUUAUCUGUCCAACAAGUUCUACGAGAUGUUGCAGAGACCCGAAAAUGCGGAUAUCGAUCAGAUAAUUGCCGAAGAGUUUUUCGACAACUACAAGAAGUUCGAAAACUCGGUGGAGGCAUCCGAUACACUGGACGAGGUCUCAGGACGUGGAUAUCUUAAUUACUGGGAAUGCGAGGGUGAUAUUUUAUUAAACUGGAAGGACAAGGGUUAUGUGGAAUUACUGCGUCUUCUGAUGCGCAGUCGGGAAACGGAAACGGAAAAAGAACUAGGAAUUUUGGAACAAAGAGUACUCUUUAAUCGCCAAGUCAAGACUAUCAAUUGGAAUCGCAAUGAUGCGCGUGUCGAGUUGAAGCUCUCCAAUGGUGAAAGUUGUCUAGCUGAUCAUGUGAUCGUCACUGUCUCCUUGGGUGUACUUAAGGAGCAGCAUUUUCAGCUAUUUGAACCGAAAUUACCGGUGGCCAAACAACGUGCGGUGGAGGGUUUGGCAUUUGGCACAGUUAACAAAAUCUUUGUGGAAUUUCCUAAAGCCUUUUGGCCUGAAGAUUGGACGGGUUUUACGUUGUUGUGGCGGGAGGAGGACCUUAAUGAUAUCAGGAAUACCUCUCAGGCCUGGCUGGAGGAUGUCUUUGGCUUCUAUCGCGUCAGCUAUCAACCUCACAUUUUAGCUGGCUGGAUUAUCAAUGCGAAUGGCAGACAUAUGGAGACUCUACCCCAGGAUGAGGUGCUAGCCGGUUGUAUGUAUCUUUUCCGGCGCUUCCUCAACUGGCAGAUACCGGAACCUUUGAGUUUUCGCACCUCCGCCUGGUAUACAAAUGAGCAUUUUCGUGGUUCCUACUCGUUUCGCUCUAUGGACACUGAAAGAUUGGGCACGGGAGCCAGCGAACUGGCUCAGCCAUUGACGGUGGUCGCCAUGACACCUCAAUCUCCGACUCGGGACAAAUCUCUGCCUCAGCAGAGUCGCUGUGAUAAGCCAAUUGUCCUGUUUGCCGGUGAGGCAACUAGCGAGCAUUAUUACUCCACGGUCCACGGAGCUGUGGAGGCGGGCUGGAGGGAGGCCAAGAGAUUGGCCGAUUUCUAUGGCCUCAAUGUGACCAAGUCGCAGCUAUAGCAUCGAAACAAUUCAACUAUAUAACUGUGCAAUGUGGCGUAAGGAGAGUUUGUCUUUAUAGGUCCUACUAGGACUUCAAUCAAUCAAUCAAUAAUACUAAAACAGACUUUAUUUAUUUGCAUAAGGUAUAUAAGGAUUUUACUUCAAUUCUGCGACUAUAUCAUAUAUGUAUUGACGAUAUACGUAUAUGAGCUAUGUAUACUACAAAAGUGCUGAAUUCUUAUUUAUAUCGACAUCUUGCAGCUGCCCAAUAAAGUUGUUCAAAUCUUAAAA